AUGACCGACCUCUUAAGAAGUGUUGUCACCGUCAUUGAUAUUUUCUACAAAUACACCAACAAAGAUGGGGAAUGUGGCACACUGAGCAAGGAUGAGCUAAAGGAACUUCUAGAAAAAGAGUUUCGGCCAAUUCUGAAGAACCCAGAUAAUCCAGACACGGUGGAGGUCAUUAUGCAUAUGCUGGAUCGAGAUCAUGACCGAAGACUGGACUUUACUGAGUUUCUUCUGAUGGUAUUCAAGCUGGCUAUGGCCUGCAACAACGUUCUUAACAAAGAAUACUGCAAAACUUCAGGGUCAAAGAAGCAGAAGCGUAGUCAUGGUCACCAGCACCAAAAGAAAGAAAGUGAAACAGAAGAAGAAGAUGAGAAUACAUCAGAACAGAAAUCAGGUCCUAGAAAUUCAAGUUGGAGUGAGGGAGAGGAGCAUGGUUCUGAGGGCUUGAGGGGAACUGCGAAACAUAGACAUAGGUCCCACUCCAGAAGUCUGGGAAGGGAAGGUAGUUUGUCUAGCUCAGAGAAACAAGAGGGAUUUGAGAAAAGGCGCCAUGGGUCUAGCUCUGGCCACUCAGUUAGCCCCUCUAGGGAAUCUGGGGAGGAAUCUGAAUCUGAAUCUGGAUUUAAGAGCGGGGAAAGGAAAGAAGAAGACAUGGAUCCCCGGCAUGUUGUCAACCACAGAACUGUUGUCAACCACAGAACUGUGGAAGACAACAGGGAAGAAGAUCAAGACAGUCCUCUUGUGGUAGACAAUAUGGGUCUGGAGCAAGUCAGUCUUCUAAUUGUGGUCAACAGGGAAGAAGAUCAAGGCAGUCCUCUUGCUGUAGCCAAUAUGGGUCUGGAGCAAGUCAGUCUUCUAAUUGUGGUCAACGGGGAAGAAGAUCAAGACAGUCCUCUUGUGGUAGCCAAUAUGGGUCUGGAGCAUGUCAGUCUUCUCAUUGUGGUCAACGGGGAAGAAGAUCAAGACAGUCCUCCUGUGGGAAGAAGAUCAAGACAGUCCUCUUGUGGUAGACAAUAUGGGUCUGGAGCAAGUCAGUCUUCUAAUUGUGGUCAACACGGGUCUGGCUCAGGACAGUCCUCAGGUUUUGGACAACAUGGGUCCAGUUCAGGUCAGACCUCUGGUUAUGGCCAACAUGGAUCUGGCUCAGGUCAGUCCUCUGGUUAUGGCCAACAUGGAUCUGGCUCAGGUCAGUCCUCUGGCUUUGGACAACAUGGGUCCAGUUCAGGUCAGUCGUCUGGCCAUGGCCAACAAGGAUCUGGCUCAGGCCAGUCCUCAGGCUUCAAACAACAUGGGUCUAGCUCAGGACAGUCAUCUGGUUUUGGAAAACAUGGAUCUGGCUCAGGUCAGUCCUCAGGCUCUGGAAAACACAGGUCUAGCUCAGGUCAGUCAUCUGGCUUUGGACAACACGGGUCUAGCUCUGGUCAGUCAUCUGGUUUUGGACAACAUGGUUCUGGCUCAGGUCAGUCCUCUGGUUAUGGCCAACAUGGAUCUGGCUCAGGUCAGUCCUCUGGUUAUGGCCAACAUGGAUCUGGCUCAGGUCAGUCCUCUGGUUAUGGCCAACAUGGAUCUGGAUCAGGCCAGUCCUCAGGCUUCAAACAACACGGGUCUAGCUCAGGUCAGUCAUCUGGCUUCAAACAACAUGGGUCUAGCUCAGGACAGUCAUCUGGUUCUGGAAAACAUGGGUCUGGCUCAGGUCAGUUGUCUGGCCAUGGUCAACACGGAUCUAGCUCAGGUCAGUCCUCAGGCUUAGGACAAAAGGGAUCUGGUUCAGGUCAGUCUUCUGGCUAUGGCCAAUAUGGGUCAGGUUCAACUCAGUCUUCUGGCUUUGACCAUCAACAAUCAGGUUCAGGACAUUCCUCUAGCUCUGGAAAACAUAGAUCUGGUUCAGGUCAAUCUUCUGGCUUUGACCAGCAUGGGUCUAAAACAGGCCAAUCCAGCUCAGAAUAUCAUAGUGGAAGAAAGAGAUCUAGUCACAUGUUGGAGAGGUUGUGGAGGAAAGGGAACCCUCAUUUACCGCUGCUGGGACUGUAG